AUUUGGAUUGGAAGUAUGAAUGAUGAAACAAGGCUGCUGUCCUCCUUGCAAUUCGGUCCAGAAGAUGGGUGGCUCUCUUCAUUCUACUCAUGCUUGAUAAAAAAGUAUGACAAAAAGAGUGUUGUAGAAGCCAAGUUCAGAGAAGUUGAAAAAGAAAGCUGCAAUAGCAAUCCUUCUAGCGCAUCUAUCAAGCAUACACUAAAAAAUGAUACUGAUCUUUUGGCCUGCAAAGCAGAGUACUUCAAUCAGUGUGGUGAAUAUCAGAAAUGCUUUGAACUAACUUCAGACCUGCUUGAGAAAGACCCUUUUCAUUUGAAAUGUACCUUAGUACACAUAGCUGCUGCUAUGGAGCUUGGAAAUUCAAAUGAGCUUUAUCUUAUGGCAUCGAACUUAGUGAAGGAUUAUCCUCAAAAGGCUCUCUCAUGGUUUGCUGUCGGCUGCUACUACUACUGUAUCAAGAAGUUUGAUCAAUCACGGCGUUAUUUCAGCAAGGCUUACAAGUCUAGAUGGAACCUUUGCACCUGCUUGGAUUGGCGUUGGGAAUGCUUAUGCUGCUCAAGAAGAGGGUGAUCAAGCAAUGUCGGCAUACCGCACUGCUGCUCGUUUAUUCCCAGGAUUCCGCCACAGGAUUUGCUGCAGAGUCUGUUAUUAGAAGACGAAUAAUUUCUCAAGUUUGUUGAGAGUUUUUAUUAAUUUCAAGUUCUUUGUAAGCCUUUAAAUAGGCAUUCUCAAUUAAUUAAAAGUAUUGAUCUUUCUAUACUUAACUCUGCUAUUUAGAUUUUUUUUUUUUAUUUUUAAAUCAAUGUUAGCUAUCAGCAAAGAAUUCUAUCAGUGAUAUCAAAGCUUUAUAUCC